UCUAUACUCAUCAAUAUAUUUUUUAAUCAAAACCACGCAGAAUAUAAGAUAUAUAUAUAUAAGAAUGAGACAAAUUAUAAAUGUUUAGUUGCCAGAAGAUGAAGUCGAUAUUUUUUGUUUUCCUUGUGGUGCUUUGUACAACUAAUGUGGUUUUCACACAUCACCCAUGGUAUCCUGAUUUACCUAGGAACUAUUAUGGAAAUUUAAGGUAUCACGAAGAUAGAAAGAUGGAUGGAGUGCAUGAUAGAUUACAAUCACGGUCCUAUUUACCAGUCGACCACGAUGCUUUUUCAGUGCAUGCAUUGUUUUCCAUUCCUCGUUUAGCAGUGCCUGAGAAAGAAUACAUUGCAAGAAUACCACUUCACAAAGUAAAAACACCAGCCCUUGUUUUACCUCAAGCAUUACACCCUCUGCCUUAUUCCCUAGUCGACCAUGAUUCUAUUUUAAGACGCAUAAUUCAUCCUGCCCCUUUACUUAGAAGUCCGGGCAUUGUGUCUACUCGAAUAAGCCCCUCAUCCAAUAUUUUAGUCGACCAUGACGUUCCUCCACCACUUCCAAACCACGACACUCUUCCAAGCCCUUAUAACCGCAUUGGACGAUUACCAGGACAAUUACCACGUACCAGGGUAACAGUGACAAGUUUAGAUGAUGCUCUUCUAAGAUAUGGGAUACCUCUUCUUCGUAAGAUUGGACGGGUACCACUUACGAAAGUCACAGGGGCAAAGUCACUCUUUGGACGGUCACCAUAUGCCAGGAGAACACAGCCAGAUUUUGCGAUGAACGAUGCAGUAGUUGCUCCGUCUGAUUUACCAGUUGACAAUGGUUUUCGAAGUCAUGUAUUACGUUAUCCUAGGAUUAACCGACAUAUUCACGAAAAACACAACCACGACAAACACAACCAUGCGCGAUCAUCCCCAGAUAUUGUGGCCAAUGAUGCACUGCACAACCACGUAUCUGAUCCACUACACAACCACGAUACUCUUGUAAGACGUUCAAUACCUACGAGUUCCAGGCUUGUGGGUUUUAGGCCUGUAAGGAGAAAUCAGGGAAAGCGAUUAGAUGCUCAUCUGCAUGACGCAUUAUUAGAACUGUCAGAUGAUUCAGCAGUCAAUCAAGAUACUCUAAUCAGGGAUAACGUGUCUAAAAUAUUACCUAACAUUCUACAAAUUCCACUUAAGAGGGGGAAAACCUCAGGUCCUAUUUUGUCUGAUGCACCAGUCGAUCACGACCACCAAAAUCAUAACGACCACGGCCCUCACGACCACGAUACUAAUUCCAGACAUACGGUCCCCUCUUACCCUAGAUCUAGAGAUGAUUCAGUAGCCGCCCUGUCUGAUAAUCACGGUCAUCACGACCACGAUGCUAAUUCCCGACAUUCGUUCCCUUCUGUCUUUAUAUCUGGAGAUGAUGCACCAGCUGCGCUGUCUGGUCAUCACGACCACGAUGCUAAUUUAAGACAUUUGAUACCCUUUAAUCCUAGAUCAACAAUCCCCUCAAGGCAGGACUUCGAUGCUGUUUCAUCUGAUGCAGUAUUACCCGGAUCCCAUUCCCUAUUUGACAACGAUGCCGUUCCAAGGUUUAGAUUACCAUCAAGGGUUGGGCGACGUUAACUGUCAACUAGAGAAUAAAUUCACCAAUAACCACCAUUCCUGAAAACUUGAAAUGUUAUUCUUUAAAGUUAACAAAUGAACCCCAUAAUAAUUAUAGCUUCUGCAAUUGUCUUUAAACUCUCUUUACUAAAUAAAGUGUUUAAUAUGAAAAAUAA